UUGUUUACUUUCAGUUGUCAGUGUGUGUGGUUUUGCUUUUGCCGGAAAGAUCAACUCGUUUUGUUGGUCAAUUGCUAAUUAUCGCCGAUAUUUUCAGUGUUUUUUGUAUAUAAACCAUUAUAUUCUAGCUUAUCAAAAUGGUGAUCGCGAUCGGAUUCGAAGGUAGUGCCAACAAAAUUGGCGUCGGAAUCGUCCGGGAUGGCGAAGUGUUGGCGAACGAGCGUGAAACGUACAUCACCCCGCCCGGUGAAGGUUUUCUACCAAAAGAAACGGCACAGCAUCACCGGUCCCGGGUGCUGGACAUACUGAAGCGAGCGCUGGACGUGUCGGGCAUAGCGCCCGACGAGAUCGAUGUCGUGUGCUACACGAAAGGUCCCGGUAUGGCACCGCCCCUACUAGCGGUGGCCAUCGUCGCUAGAACGAUAGCGCAAAUCUGGAACAAACCGAUACUGGGGGUGAACCAUUGCAUCGGGCACAUCGAGAUGGGCCGGCUGAUAACGAAAGCCGUUAAUCCCACCGUACUGUACGUGAGCGGCGGCAACACGCAAAUCAUUUCGUACGCCUGCAAACGGUACCGCAUUUUCGGCGAAACGAUCGACAUUGCGAUCGGCAACUGUUUGGAUCGAUUUGCACGCAUCAUCCACCUUUCGAAUGACCCGAGCCCGGGAUACAACAUCGAGCAGAUGGCGAAGAAGGGCAAAAACUAUGUCCCGCUGCCGUACUCGGUCAAGGGUAUGGACAUGAGCUUCUCGGGCAUACUUUCGUUCCUGGAGCAGAAGGCACGCCCGAAGAGGAAGCAGCAGAAGAUGCAAACCAAGGCAACGGAGGAGGAAAAAUGGACCGAUGAGGAUCUAUGCUUUUCGCUGCAGGAGACGCUGUUUGCGAUGCUGGUGGAAACGACCGAACGUGCCAUGGCGCAUACCGGCUCGGCCGAGGUGCUCAUAGUCGGUGGCGUUGGAUGCAACGUGCGCCUGCAGGAGAUGAUGGGCAUAAUGUGUGAGGAGCGCGGUGCCAAGCUAUUUGCGACCGACGAACGAUUCUGUAUCGACAACGGAGUGAUGAUAGCGCACGCCGGCUGGGAAAUGUUCCGCAGCGGAUCGCGCAUGGCGUGGAACGAUGCGACCAUUACGCAGCGCUUCCGGACGGACGAGGUGGAAGUCACGUGGCGUGACGAUUGAUCAACGACAAUGAUUUCUUGUUCGAAUAAACGGAUUGCUUGUGAGCUUGA